GUCCAAUCAUUGUCUGCCUCUUUCUAACCAUAAACUGAUGAUAAAUAUAAAAUCCAAUUCUAUAUAAUAUAUUACCGUUGGAGCCACCAUAUAAUCAGACCUCAGGAUAGCGACUUUUCAUCAGUUUUUAUUAGCCAUUAGACAGUUUCACUGCUUAUUUGUGAAGAUGAGCAAAAACACAAAAUGAUAGCAACCACUAAAAUAUACCAUGAAACAUAUUACAGAAUAUAGAAUCUUAACCCUGGUCCAAACUUCUCUGCCUUGCUCCAAGCAAAAUGUAAGAAUCUAACACCAGGAGAAUUAACUUUCCCUCGUCUUAUGGAGGAAUUAUGAUGUAUGAUGAUCAGAUUGUCUAUAUGCAUAGUUUUAAGCGCUUCUAGCAUCUCUCCCACGAUGAAAAUGCUAUCAACUACUCGUUUGUCUAGGUUAAUUUUUGUUUUUUCUCUCAGAUGAACUUCUUGUUUCAUUGCAAUGAAGCGUUGUAGAAUUAUUUGUUUUUCAAAUGGUGAACCACAUAAAGCAGGCCUUGUACCUCCUGAAACCAUAUUGCAGACUCUUCCCCUUUCCAUGGCAUAUUUGCUUUACAUGGUACGCAGCACAUAUUCUCUAUGAAAAUGAACUUGGCUAUAUUUUUGUACCUGCUACUAUUAGAAUCAUCAGUGAUAUCAUGCAAAUCAUCAUGGCAAAAGCUGGCUACAAUGGAGUCUGUACUACGAGUGAAUGUUCCAAUGUAUACCACCCUUAGGCGUACAACUGUUGUGUUUACAAUGAUUGUGGAGUAUCUACUAACAAGGCAAAAGUACACCCGCCAUGUUGUUGGCAGGUUGUGAUGCUACUUUCCUGUAUACUGGCAUUUUUUUUAACACAACCUUGAAUUCUGCACUCACACAGACAAUGUGCGGCAAACUGAAGGAUCUAUUUACCAUCGGACUUGGCUGGCUGUUGUUUGGUGGGCUUCCUUUUGAUGUGCUGAGUGUCACCGGCCAAAUUCUUGGUUUUGUGGGCUCUGGUUUCUACGCAUACUGUAAAAUCAAGGGAAAGUAUAAUUUCAUACAGCUGAGCCAGAUAUAUGACAGGAUAAGCCACCGAUGGGGUCCUGGAUUUCACUCAUAUCUCACUUGUGAGAUGGAAUUAGCACUUGGUGGUGCCAGCUCUCCUCCAGGUAUGAAUUUUUUGUGGAUGUUACAUACGCCUCUUGAUGAUCCAUAUGCAUGCAUGUGAAACAGAACCUUCGCUUAGCUGUUGAGGUUAUCAAUUGCAUGUGAUUGCAUUAUUAUUUUUUUUUCCGCUGACCUAGUAGUAUGAUUAUAUUUCAGGCUUUGAUUAGAAAUGAAACUAGUUCUUCUUUUCCCUCUUUGAAACGAAGCAUGGUUCAUUGAACUGGUUGAUUCAAAUGUUGACCAAUGGGCUCCACAUGGCUGACACAUCGGAGCCACUUGGUCGAUACGUCAACUCCAAGUGGAGGACAUAUAAGCUCCACGUGGUCAACCUAUGGGCUCCACUUGGUCGACACAUCUAAGCCACCUGUUCAACACGUUGACUCCUAGUGGAUGACACAUCAUCUCCACAUGGUCGAUAAGUUAGAGUCACUUGGUUGACAUGACGGAGCCAUCUAGUUGAUCAUUCAUCGUCACCUUAGUGUCACAUCCUAGAGAGUAAAGCCAUAAGGUUGCACUCGAUGAAUGCCACGUGGAGAACAAUUAUGUAAUCUUAGGUUCGACAUCGGUUUACUGGUGAAUAUGGUCGAACUUCACGCUCUCAUUACCGUAUGAACUGGGUGAUGAGCGAACGUAAUGGUCCCAAGCACCUAUUAAAAAAAGGGACGUAUAGAUACGUUUCAACACAAUGAACACCCUAAGUUCGACUUGUCUGAUUUAUUUGACUUGUUGAUUACUUAAGUCUUGGAAGGGUAUUGUCAGGAGUGCCCCCAACAUAAUCUUGCAGGGAUCGGAUGAUACUCAAAGGAGUUUGCCUUGAAAUUGACUAGAAAAAAGGAAUUAGGUUGGAUCUGAGCUAGGACAACCAAAAAUUGAACUAACGGGAAGCAACUGCAAAAUGACUCUUGGGCCUUAUAAGGAGAACCUUGACAUUAAAAUUAUAUGGAUCUCUCAAGAGAAUGCGUAUUUCGUUGGUGUAGAGAUUUUCUUCGUUCAUUGAACUCGAAAUCUUAUGGAAGGCCAAAGAAUAUGUAUUUGGUUGUUGUAGAUUCUGGCAUUUAUCAUUCAAGCUAAUCCUUUUCUUUCUCGAGUUGGUAUUUUAGAGUCUGUUCUUGAAGACGUACAAGCCACCAUUUUCAACCAUGUUUCACAAUCUCUCACCUAACGCUUCUGUUCUUCAAGUCAUAGUCUCUCACCUAAUGAAACCGACACGACCUGUUGCUUCCGUCGUUUGUCAAAAAGGCCUUCUCUCCAUCCUUCUCCAUCAGUCACCGGAACAUACUUCCACCUGUUGCUUCCAACAACAUUUGACCUUCUUUAUCUCAAGGAGAUAUUUUAAUGGUUAAAACUUGAUACGUAGAGAAUCUGUGGUUUAUAAACUCAAGGAGAUAUGCUUAUGUAAUGUUUGAGUCAUAGUAAUCAGAACAUAUUUGACCUUCACUAUGGUUCUUCUUUUGUCUUUGCUUAUAGAAGUGACCCAUCUUUUUGCCUCGGGAACUCCUACUUAGGAUCCUCUCGUAACAAAAGCAAACGCUCGAUCUGUGUAGAGUCCCACUGAAAGGUUUCCUUGGUUGAGUCCGGAUAAAUAGCAAGCCUCCUAUUUACUUCAUCACUUCUUGUCGUCACUGACGUACGAGGAGAGUGAGGGAGAGUUUGUGAAUCUCCAGAAACCAAACAGAUUUAGUUCUAUUUUUUUAAUAUUAAAUUUAUAGUAUGCACAUCAACACGUUCUUGUCGUGAUACAUAAAAUUAUACGGAUAGCUUAGAUGGUCAAGGGUGUAUUCAGGUCUUUUUCUAAGUGGUUGUGGGUUAAGAUCCUCUCGUGACCAUCUGUUUCGGCGAUAGAUGACUGUCCCCAUUCAUCAUAUGUGCUUGAUGCAAUAUAUAUAUAUCACUGAAGGGAAAAGUAAAUAUCAAUGAGCGAUAGAUGCUCCGUGAGGGAGAGAAAGCGUCAGCUGGUCUAAUGAUUGGUUGGGCAAUCCACACAUCAAUUGGGCCGCCUAGUUUGACUUUGACUUUGUCUUACCUUCUCCUGCAUAACCUUUCUGUAUCAUACAUACAUAACUUCAGCACUCCCAAGUAUUUUUCCAUACAAACUCUUAGUUUUGUUAUCACAGUUCCUAAUAAUCGAUUCAUGCACUACUAAUGUGCGCGCUGGGAAUCAUUCUUCUUUACCUUCAUCAAUCAAGUUUAUAAUAUAUACCCAAAAGCCCGAAGUUUAGUGGAGAGUUGGUGGAUGGGUGACCAAGCACCAACUGGUAAUGGAGAAUCGUAUUACAUACAGCCACCAUUUCUAUGUCUGCCGCUAUCAUCACCAACCAUCCUUGUGGGACCGAACGGGGACCCACACCACUCCCACCCCAUCCGUGUUGCCCGCCUUACCCGACUCACCACCAACUCUCUCUCUCCC